CAAUUGGAAACAAGAAAAUAUUUGCCAUUACCGACUUUUAAUUUGAAGAAUUUCGAUUGCACUUACAACUUAUACGCAAUACUUACUAGAAAUUUUGUCUUACAAGAGCAAACUAGAGGAAAUUGGAAAACAUUCAUUAAUCAGAUAGAACAGCAAUGCAACGAAAAUCCAAUUUACUUAGAGAAAGCUUUGGAGUAUAUAUUAGAUUUGCAAGAACGUGGUGUACUCUGCCACUAUCCACGUGCAAUCGAAUUGAUGUAUCAAUGGUAUUGUCAAACAGAUCAUCAAAUUCGUGCAAAAGAUAACGAAUAUACAACGCCUUCUGAUGCCAAAUUGAUUCGGAGAGUAGUUUUGACUCCAACAACAACUUUGUUUUAUCCUCCCGAAUUUCAAUUCAGUAACAGAAUGUUGCGAAAUUUUGAUUCAAAUUAUGCACUGCGAGUAUCUUUUCGAGAUGACGACGGUAAGAAAUUGAGUGCGUCAGCAAAUUACAGUGAUGCUGCAUUAUUGGAAUUCGCAGUUACGAUGCCUAUGAUUGAAGGAAUAAAAAUAUGCGCAAGACAUUACAAAUUUUUGGCAUGGUCAAAUUCUCAAAUCAGAGAUCAUAGUGUAUGGAUGUAUGCGGAAGACAAUAAAGGAAAUAAUGCCGAUACUAUUCGAGCAUGGAUGGGUGAUUUCUCGAUAACCAAAAGCGUAUCCAAAUACAUGGCUCGUUUGGGACAGUGCUUUUCACAAACAGAAGACACAGUGAAAAUUCCAUUAGAGCAUCGUUACGUCAUUACAGAGGAUGAUAUUGAAGGUGGAGUAAAUCCUGUUACAGGAAAACCUUACUGCUUUUCAGAUGGAAUUGGCAAAAUGUCUAGACAAUUAGCCGAGAACGUGAGUAUCCACAUUUAUUAUCUUAAUUUAUAAUUACAUGUUUGUAUAUUUGUGUCUAUUAUAAAUAGUUUUUAGAUUUUGUUAUAUGUGAAUGUAAUAAUUCAAAAGUUGUAAUAAUCAAUAAAUAUAUUUUUGACAAUCAAAUAGUUAAACCCAAGUUUUAGUGCUAAUAGACAAAGAAUUUUUCAAAUUACUGUUUUAUUAUUUUUAUUCUGACAAAAAAACAAAAGAUACAAAGAUAUUACUUUUAUCGGGCUUUAAAGUAGGCUAUAAGAGACACAAUACAAUAUUUUGACAAUAUUCGCAAAGCUUUCGGAAACAGUUGGAAAAGGCAUUUUUUGAAAUCGUCUUUAAUAACUAAUCUCAGGCAGGCCCAAAUA